UAGCUCCCAGCUUCACGUGAUCUCAUCCAAUAUUUACUGCCGGUCAUUGCGCACGGGCACUUCAUUUGCGAUGCCUGUUUCCCUGUGACAUUAGUGCAAGAUGUUACAAGUGUUACUUCGAAGUAUCGCCUUGGCGCUUCUGCUCCUGGCAUCAUGCGAAGCACUUCGGAUUCUCGUGGUGUUCCCCAUGGCAUCCAAGAGCCACAGCAUACUGGGGCAUGGAGUAGUCAACCAUUUGCUGAAAGCUGGUCACGAAGUUGUACACAUCACUGCUUUUCCAAGUGAGAAACCAGCACCAAAACUAAAGGAGAUUAUCGUUCCCAACCUCUUCAUGACAAUUGCUAAGGAAAAUCCUGCUGGAUUCGCGGCCUUCAAUCUGCAGAACAUAGCCAACUCGGGAAAUCCGGCUGACUCAACGUUUUUCUUCGAAAUAGUGUUCAACUUUCAUAAACUAUUUUUUGAAGAACCAAAGAUUGUAGAGUUUCUCAGUGAUCCGAAGGAAAAGUUCGAUGCAGUUAUUAUCGAGUGGUUCUUUUCUGAUGUAAUUGCCGGUAUCGCUCCCCUAUUCCAAUGCCCGCUGAUCUGGCUGGGUUCCACGGAAGCCCACUGGCAGGUGCUGAAGCUUGUGGACGGCGUCACGAACCCCGCAUACAGCGCUGACGUUUUCUCGUCCAACACACCGCCUUUAGACUUCUGGCAGAGAGUACGGGAACUUUGGACUAUGGUCAAGAAAAUUGUAUCCAUCAGCAUAUUUAUAACCCCCAAAGAAAAAACCUUAUACGACUCCGUCUUCCCAAACAUGGCAGCACGACGAGGAGUACAUAUGCCUUCGUACGAGGAAGCUGUAUAUAAUGGAUCUUUUCUCCUGCUGAACUCGCAUCCGUCUGUCGGGACUCCGUUUAAUUUGCCUGAGAGUGCCAAGUAUGUGGGAGGUUACCAUAUUGAUGGCAAAGCGCCACCUUUACCAAAGGAUCUCCAAGAGUUGAUGGACAACGCCAAACACGGUGUCAUAUACUUCAGUAUGGGCUCGAAUCUGAAGAGCGUGGACAUGUCAACAGCCAUGAGGGACUCCCUAUUACAAAUGUUUGCCAAACUCAAACAAACGGUCAUAUGGAAAUUCGAGGAGGACCUCGAUAAUGUCCCGCCAAACAUUCAUCUCGUCAAGUGGGCACCACAACAGAGCAUUUUUUCUCACCCCAACCUAAAAUUCUUUAUAACCCACGGCGGUCAACUGUCUACCACUGAAGCCAUACACUAUGGUGUGCCAGUGAUCGGUAUCCCAGUUCUUGGAGACCAGUACGUCAACAUGCAGGCUGUUUCAAGGAAGGGAUUCGGCAUCAAAAUCCAAUUGGCCGAGGAUAUGGCUAAAGAUAUCUAUGUGGCUAUCCAGGAAAUGUUGGCGAAUCCUUCGUACAAGCAAAAGGCAAAAGAAAUAUCGCAGAUGUACCACGAUCGGCCGGUGUCGCCGGGCGCGGAGCUGGUGCACUGGGUGGAGCACGUGGUGCGCACGCGCGGCGCGCCGCAUCUGCGCUCCCCCGCGCUCAUGCUGCCCUGGUACCAGAAGAUGUACUUAGAUCUCGCUGUAUUAAUUUUAUUAGCUGUUAUGAUAUUGCGUUCUUGUAUUUCAAUGAAAUCAAAACAGACAUUGAAAAAGAAGGAAAAGAAGAAAUACUCAUAUAAUAUGUUUUUUAAAGUUUUGAUAUUUGUGAGUUUAGUUUUAAGCGCAGAUGCGUAUAAAGUAUUGGUGUUAGCGCCGACUCCGUUUAGGAGUUUGGGUGUGCUGGGUGAGGCCAUUGUGAAGCAUCUGGUUGAGGCGAAACAUGAGGUCACAUUUGUCACUGCAUUUCCAAAGGAAACUACGAAAAACUAUCGUCAAAUUGAUGUUAGCGACAACGCGCUAGCACUUGGUGGUAAUGAUGAUGGUGCUUCAUUCACAUUAGCCUGGGUAAUGGAAAACCCCCAGCUUAUGAACGACAUUCGCUACUUACAAGACGUAGCAUUUAUUAUUGCAAAUGAAACAUUCCAAAACAAACAUUUUCUCAAACUUUUACUAGAUCCUAAAGAAGACUUCGAUGUGGUCAUCAGUGAACUAUACGAAACUGAGUUAUAUGCUGCAUUGGCUGCGUUAUACAAAUGCCCUUUAAUUUGGAGUUACUCAAUGGGUGCCCAUUGGAUGGCUCUAAAGCUGGUCGCAGAGGCCACGAACCCAGCGUUUGCCAUGGACUAUCUCUCACCGGAGGUACCUCCAUUCGACUUUUAUGGGAGACUCAACAAGCUUUGGCUGCAAAUACAGUGGAUUUAUAUCAAAUGGGCAGAGACCAUGCCAAAGGAAAAAGCUGCUUACGAAAGAUUAUUGAAGCCAAUAUUCGAAAACCGAGGGCUAUCUCUUCCAAACUAUGAUGACCUAAUAUACAACGCUUCUCUGAUAUUAGCUAACGACUACAGGGGAAACGGUCUGAUGCCGAGCACGCCUCAAAACUUCCAGUUUAUUGGAGGAUACCACGUAGAGACACCUCCAAAACCACUACCAGAAAAUAUUCAAGAAAUAUUGGACAACGCAAAACACGGUUUCAUAUACUUCAGCAUGGGUUCCAUCUGGCAAAGCAAAGACAUACCAGUCAACAUUGUAAAUGGCCUGCUAAAGGUAUUCGGUGAUCUGAAAGAAACUGUUAUUUGGAAAUAUGAAGACCAGCUUCUUAAUUUGCCGAGAAAUGUUCAUAUUUUAAAAUGGGCACCACAGCCUAGCAUUUUGGCUCACCCCAAAUGCCAGUUCUUCAUCACGCACGGAGGCCACCUGUCUUCCAUCGAGACCGUCCACUUUGGAGUACCCACAAUAGGGAUCCCGGUCUUUGACCAGUUCAUCAAUAUAAACAAAGCCAUUGCCAACGGAUACGCCAUCAAAGUAGACCUCACUUACAAUCUCCACAAUGACCUGAAGAUAGCUAUAAACAAAAUGCUGUCAAAUUCGACGUUCAAAGAAAAAGCCAAGGAGUUAUCCCAGAUCUAUCACGACCGGCCGCUGUCGCCGGGCGCGGAGCUGGUGCACUGGGUGGAGCACGUGGUGCGCACGCGCGGCGCGCCGCAUCUGCGCUCCCCCGCGCUCAUGCUGCCCUGGUACCAGAAGGCCUACAUAGAUCUCUUUACUAUAGUCAUCAGUGUUGUAGCCGGUGCAGCCACUGCUUUUAUUUUAUUUAUAAGAGUGUUUAGUCGUACUUUUCGCAAAACUGACAUGAAAAAGAAGCGUAAUUAAUUUGUUUUAUACAGAAUGAUUUUAAAUGUUCAGGUAUUCAACUUUUGUUACAAAAUAUUAUAAACUGUUUUAUUAAGAAA